AUGUCUAUACAAGCCGCCUCGUCAUCGUCGAUGGUCGCGGCAUCGCGGAAUGUGGCGAUGCUACCAUUCUUAUACCCUGCCGCUGCGAGAGGUAGCGCCUUGUCUAUCUCCGCUCGCGCACUGCCACCUCGUCAGCUAGCGUCCACCGGCACCAGCGUAUCGCUGCGAGCGUCGUCUUCGCGUCAGGUCAUCGACUCAAGGCCAACGGCCUCUCGUCCAAGAUGGCUGUCCACAUCGACUCACCGUCUGUCUCCGACAUCCUCAUCCAAAGCGCAGUCUCAGACGCCUUCCUCUAGCACGUCCACAUCUUCCUCCGCCUCUUUUAACCCGGCAUUUGCUCCGAAGUCUAGCAAUGUCAGUCGCUCAGACUCGACCGAAACCGCAAGCGUGGACCCAGCGUGUGCGACACUGUCGCCGUCUUCACCAGCUUCGCCAAAGUCGCAGAAGGAUCCUCGAGUAGCGGCAGUGUCCACCGGCAACGAGUCCGCACCAACUCCAUCACCUGCUACACCCGCACCAAGUGCUGCUGAUCCAGCACCAUCGUCCAAUCUCACUCCCUCGCAAGCAGCAGAGCUGGCUCAAGAUCCCAAGGUAGCCGCCACCAUGCCCGAAGCAUCUUCCAACACCACUCCUGCACCCAAAAAGACCACUUCGGAUCGAGGCACCAAGUUCCGCUCGCGCACGGCUGCGCUCAAGCUGACGCCCACCGCAGUACUCCGUCUGCGAGCAUUGAUGGAAUCCGACUCAGGCCCGAAGCUCAUCCGCGUCGGCGUUCGCAACAAGGGAUGUGCGGGUAUGAGCUACCACCUCGAGUACAUUUCGCCCAAGGAAGCCGGUCGCUUCGACGAGAGGGUCAAGCAAGACGGUGUCGAGGUGUUGAUCGACAGCAAGGCGCUCUUCAGCAUCAUCGGCAGCGAGAUGGAUUGGCAGGAGGACCGACUCAGCGCCAAGUUUGUCUUCAACAACCCGAACGUCAAGGAGGCGUGCGGCUGCGGAGAGUCGUUCCUUACAUAA